AUGGCGCAGGCGGGCGGCGGCGGCGGGGGAGCGGCUGGCCGGGGGCUGAGCGGGGCCCGCUGGGGACGCUCGGGCUCAGCGGGCCACGAGAAGCUGCCGGUGCACGUGGAGGACGCGCUGACCUACCUGGACCAGGUGAAGAUCCGCUUUGGCAGCGACCCCGCCACCUACAACGGCUUUCUGGAAAUCAUGAGGGAAUUCAAGAGCCAGAGCAUCGACACCCCAGGGGUCAUCAGGCGCGUGUCGCAGCUCUUCCACGAGCACCCCGACCUCAUCGUGGGGUUCAACGCCUUCCUGCCUCUCGGGUACAGAAUAGACAUCCCCAAGAACGGCAAGCUGAACGUGCAGUCGCCGCUGCCCAGCCAGGAGAACUCGCACGGCCACGGUGACUGCCCCGAGGACCUGAAGCAGCCGGCGCCCUACAGGGAGGACAGGCCCCCAGUGCCUCUGGAGUCGGACUCAGUGGAGUUCAACAACGCCAUCAGCUACGUGAACAAGAUCAAGACCCGCUUCCUGGACCACCCGGAGAUCUACCGGGCCUUCCUGGAGAUCCUGCACACCUACCAGAAGGAGCAGCUGAGUGCCAAGGGCCGGCCGUUCCGGGGCAUGUCGGAGGAGGAGGUGUUCACGGAGGUGGCCAGCCUCUUCCGUGGCCAGGAAGACCUGCUCUCCGAGUUCGGCCAGUUCUUGCCUGAAGCUAAGCGGUCCCUGUUCACAGGCAGCGGGGCCUGCGAGAUGAGCAGCAUCCCCGCAGCUGGCCACGACCGCGGCCUGGAGGCCAGCAGGAAGCGCUCCCGGCCCUCACUGCUGCGCCCGGUGCCAGCGCCGGCCAAGAAGAAGAUGAAGCUGCGAGGUAACAAAGACCUGUCCAUCGCCAGCGUGGGCAAGUACGGGACCCUGCAGGAGUUCUCCUUUUUCGACAAGGUGCGCCGCGUGCUCAAGAGCCAGGAGGUGUACGAGAACUUCCUACGGUGCAUAGCGCUCUUCAACCAGGAGCUGGUGUCCGGCUCGGAGCUGCUGCAGCUGGUCAGCCCGUUCCUCGGGAAAUUUCCAGAACUUUUUGCACAGUUCAAGUCUUUCCUGGGGGUGAAAGAGCUGUCCUUUGCACCGCCCGUGAGUGACCGGUCCGGGGAUGGGAUGAGCCGGGAGAUCGACUAUGCCUCCUGCAAGCGCAUUGGCUCCAGCUAUCGGGCGCUGCCCAAGACCUACCAGCAGCCCAAGUGCAGCGGGCGGACGGCCAUCUGCAAGGAGGUGCUGAACGACACCUGGGUGUCCUUCCCGUCCUGGUCGGAGGACUCCACCUUCGUCAGCUCCAAGAAGACGCCCUAUGAGGAGCAGCUGCACCGCUGCGAGGACGAGCGCUUCGAGCUGGACGUGGUCCUGGAGACGAACCUGGCCACCAUCCGCGUGCUGGAAAGCGUGCAGAAGCGGCUGUCGCGCAUGGCGCCCGAGGACCAGGACAAGUUCCGCCUGGACGACUCGCUGGGCGGCACGUCCGAGGUGAUCCAGCGACGCGCCAUCCAUCGCAUCUACGGCGACAAGGCCCCCGAGAUCGUGGAGAGCCUCAAGAAGAACCCGGUGACCGCGGUGCCCGUCGUCCUCAAGAGGCUGAAGGCCAAGGAGGAGGAGUGGCGGGAGGCCCAGCAGGGCUUCAACAAGGUGUGGCGGGAACAGUACGAGAAGGCCUACCUCAAGUCGCUCGACCACCAGGCCGUGAACUUCAAACAGAACGACACCAAGGCGCUGCGCUCCAAGAGCCUGCUCAACGAGAUUGAGAGCGUCUACGACGAGCACCAGGAGCAGCACUCUGAGGGCCGCAGCGCGCCGGCCAGCGAGCCGCACCUGGUCUUCGUCUACGAGGACCCGCAGAUGCUGGAGGACGCGGCGGCGCUCAUCAGCUACUACGUGCAGCGGCAGCCGGCCAUCCAGAAGGAGGACCAGGGCACCAUCCGCCAGCUGCUGCACCACUUCCUGCCCAGCCUCUUCUUCGCCCAGCAGCUCGAGCUGGGCGGCAGCGAGGAGUCGGCCGAGGAGGACCCCGAGGCACCCGCGGGCGAGCGCAAGAAGCCCGCGCCCCCGGGGCCACUGCCUGGACCACCACCUCCCGGGCCGGGCUCGGGGCCAGCGCCACCGCAGGGCAGCCCUGCAGAGGAGAAGGCGGCGGCCCCGGGGCCCGGGGCAGGGAGCGGCGCGGCGGGCACCGCGGCUGAGCCGCCGCCGUUGGACGACGUGUACAGCCUGCUGUUUGCCAACAACAACUGGUACUUCUUCCUGCGGCUGCACCAGACGCUCUGCUCGCGGCUGCUGCGCAUCUACCGGCAGGCGCAGAAGCAGCUGCUCGAGUUCCGGCGCGAGAAGGAGCGGGAGAAGCUGCUGUGCGACGGACGGCGGGAGAAGGGUGGCGACCCCGCCACCGAGCUGCGGCUCCGGCAGCCCAGUGAGGUGGAGCUGGAGGAGUACUACCCGGCCUUCCUGGACAUGGUGCGCAGCCUGCUGGAAGGCAGCAUCGACCCCACGCACUACGAGGACACUCUGCGCGAGAUGUUCACCAUCCACGCCUACAUUGGCUUCACCAUGGACAAGCUGGUGCAGAACAUCGCGCGGCAGCUGCACCACCUGGUGAGCGACGACCUGUGCCUCAAGGUGGUGGAGCUCUACCUGGACCAGAAGAAGCGCGGGGCGGCCGGCGGGAACCUGGCCUCUCGCUGCGUGCGUGCCGCCAGGGAGACCAGCUACCAGUGGAAGGCGGAGCGCUGCAUGGCCGACGAGAACUGCUUCAAGGUGAUGUUCCUACAGCGUAAAGGCCAGGUGAUCAUGACCAUCGAGCUGCUGGACACAGAGGAGGCCCAGACGGAGGAUCCCGUGGAGGUCCAGCACCUGGCGCGGUAUGUGGAGCAGUACGUGGGCACCGAGGGCGCGGCCAGCUCGCCCUCCGAGGGCUUCCUACUCAAGCCGGUGUUCCUGCAGAGGAACCUCAAGAAGCUGCAGCGCUGGCAGUGCGAACAGGUGCGCGCGCUGCGGGGCGAGGCCAAGAGCUCGUGGAAGCGGCUGCUGGGCGUGCAGAGCGCCUGCGACGUGGACUGCCGCUUCAAGCUCAGCACCCACAAGAUGGUGUUCGUGGUCAACUCGGAGGACUACAUGUACCGCCCGGGGACCCUGGGCCGCGCCAAGCAGGUGCAGCCCCUGGUGCUGUUGCGCCACCACCAGCACUUUGACGAGUGGCACCGCCGCUGGCUGCAGGAGCACGUGACGGCAGAGGCGGCCGGCCUGGUGCAGGACUGGCUCAUGGGCGAGGAGGAGGAGGACAUGGUGCCCUGUAAGACGCUGUGCGAGACGGCACGGGUGCAUGGGCUGCCCGUGAGGCGCUACCGCGUGCAGUACAGCCGGCGGCCCGCCUCGCCCUGAGCCUGCACCCCUGGCCGCUGGCUGCUGCGGGACAGCGCCCACGUGGCCGCCCCACCGCGAGGGCACCGGCCUGGGCACUGGGGGCGACAGCCCCGAGUGCGGCGGGCGUUCCAGAAACUUCCCCCACUCGCCGCUGCCCAGGCCGGGGUUCUCGGGGCUGAGGUCCCCCAAAAGCCCGACCCAGCUGCCCCCGUCUGCUUUCCCCACCAUGAAGCCCAAGGAGCCAGGCUGACCGCCACGCGCAGGACUGGGCAGGGCCGAGGCUCCGGGAGCUGAGCUUCUGGAAGCUUCCUCGGCCCCGCAGCGCCUCGCAGCCGGGCCCGCCCCUGCCGCAUGCCGAGCACCGCUGUCCGCAGCCGUUCUGUUGUGUCCACGCCUGCCCUUUCCCCGCAGCUGUUUUGAAUGUAGUUUUCCUUUUCUAUUUAUUUGCACAUUAAAGUUAAAAGUUAACUAUUGA